CGAUUGGCCAUUUUAUUUACAACCCUCUUCCCGUUGGUUGCUUGCUGCCCCCAGUGAGCGUCACUAGUGUUAUAUAAACCCCUCACCUGCCUGCAGAACUUUGUCACUGGAGGCACAACCCACUGAAGACAGCCAAGAUGAAAGUAAAGGAAAUGUCAAUCAAGGAGGGGAAAGAGUUCAAGGUCCGCAUCAAACCCAAGGACGACUGCAACUCCUUCGCCAUCAACAUCGGCCAUGACUCGGACAACAUCGCCAUGCACUUCAACGCCCGCUUCGACCACUGCGGCGACGUCAACACCAUCGUCUUCAAUUCCCUGUCCGGGGGAUGCUGGGGGGAUGAGCACCGCGAGGGAAACUUCCCAUUCGUACGUGGGGAGGAAUGCAAGUUUCACAUCAACUUCAACAAUGAGCAGUUCUACAUCAAGCUCCCCGAUGGCUCCAUGCUGAACUUCCCCAACCGACUGGGAGACGUUAAGUACAGCUACUUCGACGUCAGCGGAGAAGCAAGGAUCAUCGGCAUCAAGCUCAAGUAGAAGUUCAACUCUUCUGAGCCCUCCACCUUUUUAUGUGUCGCUUUAAUGGUGUGUUCUCCAACAGUGAAGGCAGGCCCAGGCCUCCUGUUGUAAUAAGAGAAACCGGCCUACAG